AUGACUGUGCUCAGAUUAUACAUUAUCAUUUCUGCUUUAUUCCUUUGGUCUGCUGCUACACCAGUGCCAACAUUUGGCAAGAAAAACAUCAUUUUCAUGGUUCCUGAUGGAUUUGGUCCUUCAGGUUUGACAAUGGCUAGAGACUACAGACGUACUCAGCUUGGCCUUGCAAAUGACCAAAAAUACACCUUAAAUUUGGAUCCAUUCAUUAUCGGAUCCAUCAGAACCAAGUCCAACUCAUCGCUUAUCACUGACUCUGCAGCCGCCGCAACUACCUAUGCCACUGGUUUCAAAACUUAUAACGGAGGUAUUUCUGUGGAUUCAAGUGGAACCGCAAAAACGACUUUGAUGGAGUCCUUAAAAUCUCAAGGUUACAAAACUGGGUUGGUGGUGAAAUCCACCCUAACUGAUGCUACUCCAGGAGUUUGGGCUGCUCAUGUUUCCAAAAGAGAUAAACAGAGCCAAAUUGCCGAACAGAUGCUUGAAGGUGGAAUUGUCGAUUAUAUGUCUGGAGGAGGAAAAUGUUAUUGGAUCCCCAAACUGGAGACUGGGUCUUGUAGAGAAGAUGACAGAAACCUUAUAACAGAAGCAAAGGAUAGGGGGUUCACCUAUUUUGAAAGCAGAAGUGAAUUUGAUGGACAUUUGGCCGAAGGUUUGAGUCUACCAGCACUAUCAUUUUGGGCCCAAGAGGAUGUGGAUUAUGCCAUUGACUACAACAAUUCUAUUACUCCAACGUUGCCGGAACAGGCACUUUUGGCGUUGAAAACAUUAGAAAAGGCUACCGAAUACUCCACAAAAGGAUUUUUUGUCUUGAUUGAAGGUUCCCUUAUUGAUCAUUGUGGCCAUGAUAAUGAUGCCGCGUGCCAUACCCGAGAAGUUCUUGAAUUUGAUGAAACCUUCAAAGUGGUUAAAGAUUUCAUUGACGGAACAGACACUGAGACUAUUGUGGUUGUGACGGCCGAUCAUGAGACUGGAGGAUUAACCUUGGGACUUGAUGAUUCGAGUACUUACUAUCCUGAAGUGUUAUUUAACAAGACACACUCUUCUUUAUUCUUUGAAAGCAAAGUAAUUGAGUUCAACGAAACAAAUCCCCAAGCAGCUGAGUUAACCACCUUCGUCCAAAACUGGGUAGCUACUGAAUUGGCCGUCACUGACGCCAGUGACGAAGAGAUCCAAACAGUUGUUGAUGCGGUGACUUCAGAUGGUGAUAUUAGGGCUGCAAUUGGACCCAUAACCUCCAACAGAGCUUCUAUUGGGUGGUCUACUGGGUCCCAUACUGCCAGUGAUAUUUUCUCGUUCUUCUACACCAACUCCCAACAAAUACAGCAAAAUGUAUUCAACAAUGAACCUGGCUGGGAAUUGAGAGGAAGUCAUGAAAACGUCGAAAUAAACCGCUUUUUACGUACUGUUGGGGAUGUGGCCCAAGAAUCAUCUACCAGUGCUUGAACAGAGCCGUAGCUCAAGAGAAUUUUGAGGCAUGUUCACCUUUAUAGUAAUUGCUGCAAAAAAGUUAAGUUGAUAAAUUUCUAAUUAAUGUACUAUCUCUUUAAAGCAGCAAACCGGGCCUUGAGAGCAUCAAGCUCGUCUACUUCCUUUGGUUUCUUGGCAGGUUCUUCCGGCUCAGCUAUAGGCUUCUCUAAGUUUUGGACACCAACUCCACUGCUGGGAUCAUCAUGAUCAUCACUGUCAGCACCCUUCUCGUCGUCGUCUAUCAGAACCAAGUCCUUCAAACCCGAGUAUGGAGCACCGUAAGUUUUGGCUAUUUCACACAAGUAUAAGUUGACCAAUUCUUCACUAGGUGGAGGAAUUCGACACCGCUUAAGGAUCUUUUCAGGGACAUGGCCUCCAUCAUUUUCAAUGGCCUUUUUACCGAACUCGGGCCCGAACUUGUAGAUUAACAACUCCCUAAGUUGUGUCAAUUCUUUGAGCUCACUAUGGGGAGCCGAGUAGAUAACCGAGUAAACGGCCUCCAACAAACUCUCUUCACACGUAGGAUUAUCGAUUAUCAAAGAGAGCCGUGCAAGUAUCAACUCACAAUAUAACUCCAAGUACUCCAAUAAUUCGAUAGAGAUAUCGUCUCUGAUAAUAUUCUCAACUCUUAUCUUUGCACUGGAUUCUUUGCCCAGAGACAACAAAUCGGCCAAUUGGCGCCGUUGUUGUUUUGUGAGAGCCGCCUUCUUCUCCUGUAUGAACUGGAGUUUACUUAUGGCCAUUUUUAUCGUGGUCCUAAACCGAACAGCAUUGAUAGGUGCUGGGUGCUGGGGCAUGAUUAAGUGGAUGACUUUUAAUCGAGUCGCACUGUUUU